AUGACCUCCCCGGCUACUUGCGUCACACCUUCUUCCUCCUUUAGCUUCUCACAGCCCCGCCCCACCUUGCUCGACACUUCUCCGGCAAACGAGCGCCCCCGUACAAUGUGGACACGUCUUGCUGAACGCAUCGACGGAGCAAUGGUCGUUUCAGCACCCUGGCUUGAGCGUCACUGCCUGGGAGUGUAUGUCGUCACGGCCACGGCGGGCUGGCUCGCUGCAGGUGCGCUCUGGAUGGCGGCCUACUGCGGAUUCGUUCACCAACUGUGGGCGGCACCUGCAGGAAACAUGGCCCUCGUCGGUGCGCUCGGUGCGAAGGGCCUGCUCGUGCUCGCAGCGGAGCGCCGCAAGGCGAUAGUCUACGCCCUGACAGCAGUGCUGGGCUGGACGGCGGGACCAUACGGCCUCUACCUCGCCAUUCGCGACGAGUCUCUCAUUCUUCCUGGCGCCGCCUGCCUGCUCCUCCAGCUCGGCUACCUGAGCGUGCGUGGCCUCGUCAAGCUUUCCAUCUCGCCGUCCGCCUCGAUCCGCCUUCCGGAUGUCGAGCAGCCCGCUCCGUCUGACAAGGGCGUGGAAGUGACCGUGCAGCGCGAAUACGAGCAGGACCCGCUUCAGUUUUGGACCAGGAUGGCGCAGUAA